AUGUUAUAUUUUCCUACGUUAAUUUCUAUCUUGGAAGUUGUUUUAGUAAUGGUUCCUGCUUUACUUGCUAUAGCAUAUGUAACAGUGGCUGAAAGAAAAACUAUGGCUAGCAUGCAAAGAAGAUUAGGUCCUAAUGCUGUUGGUUAUUAUGGAUUAUUGCAAGCAUUUGCAGAUGCUUUAAAACUUUUAUUAAAAGAAUAUGUAGCUCCAACUCAAGCUAACAUUGUAUUAUUUUUCUUAGGUCCUGUAAUAACUUUAGUGUUUUCAUUAUUAGGAUAUGGUGUUAUACCAUACGGACCUGGAUUAGCAAUUAGUGAUUUUAAUUUAGGUAUUUUCUAUUUAUUAGCUGUAUCAUCUUUAUCUACAUAUGGUAUAUUAUUAGCAGGUUGAAGUGCUAAUAGUAAAUAUGCUUUUUUAGGUUCUUUAAGAAGUACUGCCCAAUUAAUUAGUUAUGAAUUGGUUUUAAGUUCUGCUAUAUUAUUAGUAAUUUUCUUAACAGGUAGUUUAAAUCUAACUGUUAAUAUGGAAGCACAAAGAGCUAUUUGAUUUAUAUUACCUUUAUUUCCUAUAUUUAUAAUAUUUUUCAUAGGUUCUGUAGCUGAAACUAAUAGAGCUCCCUUUGAUUUAGCUGAGGCUAUUUUUCUUUAG